AUGGAAUCGGCCACGAAAAUUCCUCUUUCUCACACCUUAUGGUCUCCCCAUGAUACAGUGAAGGAUGUGGCAGAACUUUUGGGAAUCAACCUUCCGGAGGAUGCAGCCAAAAACUUGGCCAUGGACGUGGAAUACAGGAUUCACGAAAUCUUGGAGACGGCCAUUAAAUUCAUGCGUCAUUCAAAGAGGAAAAUGUUGACUACAGGAGACAUAAACCACGCAUUGAAGGUAUUGAAUAUCGAACCCUUAUAUGGCUAUGAUCAAUCUCAACCUCUAGUUUUCAAAGAGGCAUUAUUUGGCGCAAGUGGCCAAACUUUGUACUAUAUCGAUGAUAACGAAGUUGAAUUUGAAAAGUUGAUCAAUCAGGAGCUUCCCAAGGUUCCCCGUCAAACUACCUUCACCGCACAUUGGCUAGCAAUUGAAGGUGUACAACCUAUGAUCCCCCAAAACCCAUUAGCAUCUGAAAUUAAGAAUUUACCUGCUAUCGUUAGAGGUGCGACUUCUUCGGUUUUGAAUAAUGAUUUGUUAAACAACAGCUCUACUACAUCUACGGUAGCUGGUGAAGAUAGCAAGGAACAAGGGCAGAAGAAAAAAGCGGCCGGCGACAAAGAUGUGGAAGUCAAACCGUUGGUCAAGCACGUAUUAUCGAAAGAACUUAAACUCUACUUCGACAAGGUUGUGGAGGUCCUCAUAUCCACAGAUGCAGAAAAGGAGUCUUUGAGAGAAGCAGCCUUGAGCUCUUUGAGAACCGAUCCAGGAUUACACCAGCUCGUGCCUUACUUCAUUCAAUUUGUUGCUGAACAAAUUACUAACCAGCUCAGAAAUAUUGAUGUUUUGAUUACAAUGCUUGAUGUUAUAUCCGCACUUUACGACAACAAAACUAUUUUCCUUGCACCAUACGUGCACGCUUUGAUGCCAUGUAUCCUUACCCUUCUACUUGCCAAGAGGAUCGGUCCCCCCAUCAAAGAGAACUCGGACGACGCAGCUAUCACAAAUCUUUUGAAAGGACAAUUUGCUGUUAGAGAAUUUGCAUCUUUGCUCCUUGAACACGUUAUCAACUCCUACGGCUCUUCAUACUCCACCCUUACUCCACGUGUCACUCGUACAUUGCUAAGAGCAUUGUUGGACUCCUCCAAGCCAAUUGGCACUCAUUAUGGCGCACUCCUCGGAUUGGAAAAAUUAGGGUCCGAGGUCAUUAAGCUUGUAUUGGUGGGUAAUCUAAAAUUGUGGUAUAAACUGGUUAUCGAAUCAAGCGAUAAAAGUGCGGUAGAGAAGAAGCUCUUACAGGAGAAGGUCUUAGAAGCACUUAAGAAAUUGAAGGUUGAAUUUCAACCCAACUCCGAUGAUAUGGAAAUCGACAACAAGGAAGUAUCAGAAGAAGUAAAAGAAAAAUUGGAAGAGAGAAUUGGGGAACCCUUGGCUAGUCUUGUUUUAGAACAGCCUGAUGCUAAAGCCAUAUGCCGUGGAAUUUUCUUUGGCGAAUUGAAUGUGUAA